AUGGAAGGGGACGAUCCUCAUCUGCAUGACCCUCGAGGUCAGAACGCCAACGAGGAUGCAGCCAGAUCCCGUGGUCCUGUCUACGCCAACGAACCUAUUGCGACGCCGAGUAGCCCUGGUGAAUCGAUUCGCCAGAGAAACCUUCCUCUUUCGUUACUUCUCUCGCCUCCGUCUACUUCACCAUUGUUUCCUUUGAAUGGAAAUAAUUCAAGCCCUCAACAGUAUUUGCAUCGGCAAUACAAUGGAUCCCGUCUACCACUGCAUGCCACAGGGCUCCAGGAUACUACCUACUCCCACACCAAUGGGUCUCAGCCCCUUCAUGACUCCAACACGGGCGCGCGGUUCAGGAGUGAGGCUGACCUGGAGAAUCCAUUCAGAGAAAGACGAGAAAGGUCCCAGCCCAUCUAUGACUCCAACCGGGGAACGCAGCUCAGACGUGAGGCCGAGCUGGCAAAUCCAUUCAGAGAACGACGGGAAAGACCCAACUCCACGUACGAGCAAGGGCGAGCUCGCAGCAGAAGCCCUCGCCGCAUGAUUCAACAUGUUGAUACCGGUGGAUACCGAGAACGACCAAGAGAUCCAUGGAUGGGACUACCAGCGCCGAAAAAUUUUCCUCGUGAGACAUAUGUUCCUCCAGGACCAAAUGACAUGCUGCCACAGCGUCUACCUAGCUCUUCCUCGACACUAUCCCCAGAUUGUACCCCUCGCGGUCGUGAUCAUCGUCCGAGCCAUCCAGAAGAUUCAUUCAGAGAGCUGUAUCCUACCAAAGAUCACAACCCGUAUGGCCACCGCCGAAACCAGCGGCCGAAGCGUGUUCCUGAAACAUCAGGCGAGCGACACCCAGCCACUGAAACAAAAAAGGAUAUCAACAACGCUGAUGAAGACCAUUUGUGUGAGUUCGCUGCUCCAUGCCGAAUGAAUCCCUCGCCUGAUGGAAUGCACUAUCGAAAAGUCGUGUCCCACGUGUUUGGUAGGAACAAGGCUGUGACCAAGCUCUUUCCAGUCGGCGUCUGGGUCCAUUAUUGCCGAAAGCACUAUCAGCGAGCUCGUUACCGUGCAGACCAAUGGCCAUUCACGCAGUGUGAUCUCCUCUUAGAGUCACUGCGACGAAUGGAGAUCUGGAACGGAGUGGAGAGUUUCGAACUCAUCCUCCGUCGUCGUGAGCAGGUGCGUGUCAGGCGUGAAUCCGAGGUAGGAACCGCCUCAAAUGAAUCCAAGAACACUACCUCCACCAACCAGUCCCAAGUUCAAGGCAGCAAGACCCAGCUCGUCGUCGUCCGACCACCAGGUCGCAAACAUCCCACUGCCAUCACCGCUCCCGUCCCGGACUGGCUUCGCCAAUACGUCGGCCACGGCAAGACAUUUGCAGACAUUCGUGAAAUCAUCGAAAGGGUACGCAGCUACAUGACCAGGCUACGGAAUUCGGAGGUCGCGCAACAGCUCAAGAACGCUCCCCAGCCCCCUGAUACCUUGGAACCCCCUCGACGUGCUGCCGCUUCGAACUGCAAGAAAGGACGCCCUGCCAAACCUGCCAAUCGGGACCCCAUCAAUAUAAGAGGUAGCAAGGUUCGAUUCCCCGAUAUUGAGAUCCUUCCUCGUUUCAAACCAUGGGUCAAAGAGGCGGCCCUCCGCCAACGAUCUGCCGCUGCAUCCUCCCUGCAAGAAAAUAACCAAAGAGACUCGGGGAAGUCUCUGUCUAGGGCACAUACCAUGAGAGAAACUUGGGAUUUUCGUACCGUCUCUGCUCGGGCUUUCUCCCGCCCCUCAAUCAAUGAGGGCCAUGCUGAUAAUGAACUUACGUUGUACCCCCAAGACCGGCACUCCGAGCUUAGUUCCACCAGUGAUACUCCUGUGGCUACUGGGUCAGAGAUCCAGGCUCACAUUGGCAGGGCUGGCACCAACCGUGGCCAGUCUGAGAGCCAGCGACGACGAAGUGAACGGGUCUAUAUGAAGGCCCUAGACCGUGUCUCUCGCCAGGGGUCUGUCAAGAAACCUGGCGAUGAAAGUGAAACAUAG